AUGGUUCUUCAAGAUAAACAGGGUGGCAGGAUUUAUCCAACCAUACCAAGAUCACUGGCAAAGAAAUACAUUAGUGUUAUUCUUGAGUUCCACAUAACAAGGGUUGAACAUAUAGAGAAUCCAACUUUUCCUUUGGAAGCAUUUCGAUUUUGGAACCUUGCAGAGGUGCAUACAGUCGAGAAAGUAGAGGAUCUUGAACUGUUUGAUAUAAUUGGAGAAGUUUUUAGAAAGGAAGAUCCAAGAGAAUUAGUAACUAGCAAGGGAAUAGAGACUAAGCGCUUGGUUAUUAUUGUGGAAGACUUGGAGAAGAACAGGAUAAGUUGUACUCUCUUUGGCGAAACGGUUGACCAGAUACUCCCCCACCUUGAUGAUGAUCGACUUGAACCGCUUAUUGUGGUACUCUAA